UGGAGGUAGACGAUACAUGAGGGAGAGAAGAAGAAAAGUGAUGGUCCAAUGCAGGAAGUGAAGACAACAGAAGAUGUCACAUCUGUGCCUGAUACCCCGAAGGAAGAUGAUGGCGGAGGUAGGACGAUACAUGAGGGAGAGAAGAAGAAAAGUAAUGGAACAAUGCAGGAAAUGAAGACAACAGAAGAUGUCACAUCUGUGCUUGAUACCCCGAAGGAAGAUGAUGACGAAGGGAGGACGAUACACGAGAGAGAGAAGAAAAGUGAUGGUCCAAUGCAGGAAGUGAAGACAACAGAAGAUGUCACAUCUGUGCCUGAUACCCCGAAGGAAGACGAUGGCGGAGGUAGGACGAUACAUGAGGGAGAGAAGAAGAAAAGUGAUGGUCCAAUGCAGGAAGUGAAGACAACAGAAGAUGUCACAUCUGUGCCUGAUACCUCAAGGAAGAUGAUGCAUGAGGUAGGACGAUACAUGAGGGGGAGAAGAAGACAAGUGAUGGUCCAAUGCAGGAAGUGA